AUGCCACUCUUGCACGCUUCUUUGCCCAAGAACUUCACAGUCUCCAUUUUCGGGGCACAGUAUCACGGCACAGAACUUUCUGUGACGAAGGCAUUACUUAUCGAUCGAUUCGACAAGCUCCUAUCUCCACACGCAACCCAUGUCGAUCGAGUCGUUCACGACGACACUGAGCGUAGUCUUGGCUUGACCAGAGUUUGGAUCAGUUAUUGGGUAUCUUCGUCAGAUUUCCAAGAUUGGUUCCAUUCGGCAGAUGUAGAGGCAUUUUGGUCCAAUCUACCUUCGGAUGCAGGAUUAUGGCGAGAGACCCUUCAUUUCUCUCAUGACAGAUUCCUGAACGAGGUCACACAAGAUCAGCCAUGUGGAGUCGGCCAUCUGGGUCCUUUGAGCCCGCUCACAGAGAAGUCCGGAUACUGGGGUGCCUAUCGAGACCGAAUCAAAGAGGCGACCAAAGAAGAUCCGUUGAGAAGUACUCUCGUAGAACCACCGGUUGCUCGCCAACCUACAGGAAGCCUUAGGCUAGGACGAGCCCGAAUGAUUCAGUUUCCCGACAAUCUCUGUUACGUUGUUGAGGGCCAAGACCACAGUCCGAUGAACGAAGAAGAAACGCGCAUGUGGUCAGCCAAGUUCCAUUACAUGACCAAACGCUGGAUCACCAACGUCGUCCGUGCCGGACACGAAAAAGGAAUGCUUGUAUCUCGUCUGUGCCAUGUACCCGAGAGCGGCAAGACGAACGUGCAGCCUUCUGAGCUCGAGGACGAUCCGGACAUCUUCCCAGCUUUGGAGACGAACAGAAAGAUCGAGAUAUUCUACUUACAAGAGCUCAGGCACAUGGAAGCUGUGGGAAGGCGUGACAAGACCCAUGUGAAGCUGCGACAAGAUUUCAUGGAGGCGUAUGGUCCUGAUGGGCCCAUGUCUCAUGGAGAUCUGUUGCUGUGGGUCGAGCUGGGCAUCUUGAAGAGUAAAGACCUGGAGGUCGAAUAUAUUGGUUGUUACGACACGACUGGGUUCUUAGCGUAUGAUUCCUGCGAUGGCUUCGCAUCGGUGACUGAUGGUAUAUUGUGA